AUGGGGGGGAACCUGAUCCUGAACCCGCGGGACCUGCCGGAUGCGAAGCCGAAGAGCAUCGUGGAGAUCUACCACCCGGAGGACGAGGGCCCGAGGCUCCUCCUGCAGGUGGAGAACCCCAAGGAGGAUUACAAGCAGAAGGACACGAUCAGCAUCGAGCAGUCGAUCGCCCAGGUGUUCAACCUCCGGGCGUACGCCGACGUGGUCGUGUCCCUGGUCGACCCGACCCUCGUGUCGCUGGACUCCGUCGAGGUUACCUUCAAGGAUCAGUACUUUGCUCGAUCAGACAUGUGGAAGCUCAAAGAGUGCUUGGUGGAUCGAUGCAUCUACCUGACCCAAAAGAUAGAGUUCUGCGGAGGAUCGGUGGUGUUCCGAUCGCUGACAGGCAUGGUUUACCUCUUCAUCCAAAUGUCGUCCGAGAUGUGGGACUUUGAUGUUCAUGGCGAUCUGUAUUUCGAAAAGGCUGUCAAUGGCUUCCUCUGCGAUCUUUUCACCAAGUGGAAGAAGCAGGGAAGCAAUCACGAGGUGACCAUCGUCCUCUUCUCGAGGACGUUUUACAAGGCAUCCAGCAUUGAGGAAUUUCCGGACUACAUGCGACCCUGCCUAGAACAAGACCACAGGGGUCGCUUCUAUGAGGAUUUCUAUAGGGUCGCAAUCCAGAACGAGCGAUCCGAAGACUGGACCAUGAUCGUCAGUCAACUGAAGCAGGCGUUCUACGAGUACCCGAAGAAGGUGCUCAGCUGCCACCAGCGACCGAGUAUCCACGUCCCCAAGGCUAUUAAUUCCUCGGCAUCGCAGGGCAACUUCCUGGAAGUCCUCAACAUCUCUCUCACUGAUGUCAGUGUCCCGAUAACAGUGUUCGAGAAGCAUUACGUGGACCGGAGCUUCGACCGGACGGGUCAGGUGUCGGUCGUGAUCACCCCCGGGGUCGGGGUGUUCGAGGUCGACCGGGAGCUGACGAACAUCACCAAGCAGCGCAUCAUCGAUAAUGGUGUCGGCUCUGAUCUCGUGUGCCUCGGGGAGCAGCCCCUUCAUGCCGUCCCCCUUUUCAAGUAUCAUAACAAGCUUCCAGUCCAUCAGUCUCAAGUUGUUGAUGACUUCAGCAUGCCACAUUGGAUCAAUCUCAGCUUCUACACGAGCAACAAGCAGAUGGGGAUGAACGUGUUCGUGUCGCGAGUCAAGAUCCCGCCGAACCUGCUGCUGUCGGGGAACGGGAAGAUGUCGGUGCCGAGUUCCCUGGGGAGCACGUCCUCGCUCCUUCCCCCGACCCCCCAGCACUGCCCUCGGUCCUCCCACGAGACCAUCCUCGAGUCGGACUUCCAGAACUCGGUCUUCGACUACGAUGCGUACGACGCUCAGGUCUUCAAGCUCCCGGCCUCGCAGAGUUUCAGGGAUGCCGAAGCUGCAACCCAAAUGCAUCAUGGAUACGGAGGCCACCACAUGAAAAAGAAGACUCAGCCGGCGAUCGGAAGGUGCCCGUACCACAAGAUGUCCGAUGCCGACCUGUACGCCCCGAGCCACGAACUCCCUUCUCGGUCCGGGGCGCACGGCAAGCAUUCCUCGGCCAUCAACAUCCCUCCGACCCCCUCGCUGCUCUCUUCCUCUUACGGGGCACUCGACUUGGAAUGUGAGUUUGUGAAAUUCUCGUUAUUCACGCUAUUGCAAAUCCACGAAGUGGUUGAAGAAGCAGCAGAGACUGUCUGCCAUUCAGUUAUUGCUGCACCGGACUCCCCCCUCCUCGUCUUCCUCCACCCCUCUCUCCCCCCUCCAUCAUUGCGAGCAUGCCCACCUCAACUUCGUCUUCUCCCCUCCCACAUGUGUCAUAAGGUGAAGGAACCUUGGUUUUUUUUUUCCUACGUGUAUUUCUCCCCCGUAGCUCGGGCACUGCAGCUGAGUCGUCGGCUGCACGAAUCCGAGCGGGUGAGCGCGGAUCCGUUGUUCCCCGGAACCCCACCGCCCUUCAUCGGCGGGAGUGCCGGGUCCCCCCCGACGGACUACAUGACGCCGGAGAAGGUGUCCCUGGAGUGGGUGUGGUCCCUGUCCCGUCCGAGCUUCUCUGCGAAGAGGCCCCGGCGCUCCCUCAUCAACCCAUUCGACCCGUCCCACGUGAAGAUCAAGCUCACGUCCAAUCGGCGGCGGUGGACCCACAUCUUCCCGAAGGGUCCUGAGGGUAUGUUGAUCCAGCAACAUCACUAUCAGGCGGUCCCAAGUGCAAGCGAGGAAUCGCCUUCGGACGAAUCCCUGGUAGAAACCCCAGCUAGUGACCAUGACCAAUCUGAGGAUUCCUACACUCUCGAGAGUAGGUUCCGUUCUGUUCCCCUCCUCCCGCUUUCUUUUCUUUUCGUAUUCGGCCAGGCUUCCCGUUCCUCAUGUGCAUGCGUGAAAGUGCAAUCUGCUGGAGCGAUCUUGGAAUGUUUGAGCAAAGGGGAUGUUGUUGACCGAAGGGCGACGGAGGGGAACGCCCAAGACGUCCCUGACCGGGACGGAGAGCCAGAGGAGCCAGACGCUGCUCUGGGGUGCGACGGGGGAGCAGGAGUGGACCCCGGCUUUGACCACAGGGUUAUGAACAGUUCCACCAAUCAGCAGGCGAUUCUACCUGGUGAAGUUGGCUUGAAGUUAAAAGUAAUUGCGUUUAUCCCAUUCCAAGUCCUCGGGCGAGAUGCAGAAAAUUGUCUGGUUUCAACCUCCUACCGCAUGGAUAUUAACGCCCUGACGGCUGACCCCGGCGAGACAGGAGUGGACUGGAAGUCGCUGACGAUCCCGGCGUGCCUGCCCAUCACGACGGACUACUUCCCGGAUGCCAGGAGCCUCCAGUUCGACUACGUCCUGUCGGACUACUCCCUGCUCCCGGAGGCGAUCUCGGCGGACAUCGAGCGCCUCAAGUACGACCACUGGACGCCGCUCACCACGGCCCAGGCCUUCUGGGAGAUGAUUGCGCAGCGCCUCCAACAGGGGUUCCAGAUGAUCGUGUUCGAGGAGCGCAGCCAGCCGGGGGAGGGGAACCCCCUGCCCCAGGGCACCCUGGGGCGGAUGAAGCCGAAGCUGGAGAAGCCGUCCCUGUCGUCGUCGGCGUCCUCUCCCUCCCUGGCUUCCUCCUCCGUGUAUCUCUCCAUCGGUCGCAUCUUCCACAAGCUGACGCUCUUGGAGCCCACCAUCACGGUCACCAGAUACAGCCCACGUCACCCAUAUCCAUCCCUGCGAAUGAAAUACAAGUAUCGGUUCCUGGCACCGCAUUCGGACACCUUCGAGGUCUCCACGGCCGACUUCGUGACGGAGAAACUGGAGAACUACAAGUGGAACUACCUCGACAAUUACGUCGCCACCCGGGGCGAUCGGGAAUUCCGCCUCACGAAGGUGCGGCCCCCUGCUCUCUGUGGCACACGACCGUCGACGUCGACUCGUUACGAUUGUUGCCCGCAGGACCUGAAGUACUGGCGAUUCCCCAUGGUGCUCCUGCCGCAAUGCCACGUGUGCACGACGAAGCAGAUCGUGGAGGAGAAGAUGCAGCACUUUGAUGUCUAUCAGGUGCUAUGCGAAGAGGAUGUUGCCGUCCUCACGGAUGGCUUUUUGAAGUUCUUGGAGUCGGCCGUGAACCGCAUCCGACGUCCGGCUCCCGCCCGCAAACAUCGAGGAAGCAGUGGAAUGAGGCCGCGCCUGCGAUCCUUGGGUUCCCGGGAAGGACUGGCGGCUCUGUGGGGCGGGUGGGGCAGGGGGCCAGACCUCGUGGUCCCAGAGCGGCUAGGACGGCUAAGUGAGGGACAGCUCCUCAAUGCUUCCUCCCAGUCUUCACUCAUUGCAGAGAGAAUGAGGGACCCAAAGACUGGUGUUGGAACGCUACCGGUGCAGUUUGGUCUGCCGAGUUUUACGUUUGUGAGCGGGGAGGCUGUGUUGUGGGUCCUGGGGAAUGUGGACGGCAUCCAAUCUGCACCCCAGGCUGUCAGUCUCCUCCAGAAUCUCUUGAGUGAUGGAUACAUAUACCAUGCAUCUGGGGACAAGAAGUUCCCCUUCCUCAAUGGUUUCUACCUCUACUACUUUGUCACCGAAUCUGGGAAGCUUCCAGGCCAGAUGUUUGACAUUUUCUUGAGAAGGCUUGCUCAUGAAUCAGGCUUGCCCAUGCUAGAAGCUAACCGACCGAGCAUGGUUUCUCUCGUUCUCGGAGCAGAAGCGGAGGUGUCUCUUCCCCGCCAGGACCUGGCAGCCUUUCAGCAGGACUUCGUGGAGGUGGAAACCCUGCCAUACCCACUGAUGGCUCCGGAUCACGCGUUCCUCGCUCCGGAGACGCUCGCGGAGACCGGGUCGUGGAGCCCGGGGACGUCCUUCAAGGAGGUCGACUUGGAGGUGGACGUGAACGGGAAGAGCGACCGCAUCGAGUGGGCCCACGCCCGCUAUCAGCGUCAUUACAACCCUGCGGUUGCCUACGAACUCAUGGUCUACUGGGUCACUGCCACUGGCCCCCUCAUUGCUGAACUGGUGCUGGGGUGGGCGAGGAAGGCCGGCCAGUCGGGGUUCAACAUGGUCCCUGUCCCGUCCGAUCCGUUCGCUCUCCCGUUCUCGUGGAAGUCGGAUCCCCUGCGGGGUCCCAUCUACGUCCCGCUCAACACCGAGUGCCUCAUGGGGGACCAGAGCUACCUCUUUGAAGGUUUCCCCGAGGAGACGUGGAACCAGCGCAUGUUCCUCCUCCAGGAGGGAAUUGCACGUCGCUUCGGUUUCAUCCCGUGUCACCUGGACUUGGAAGGGAUGCCGGGGGCGAAGGCUCCCAAUCCCAUGCCCCAGUACAUCCAUGUCACAGGGACAGCCUUCAUCAUGAUCCCCAUCAGGUUGCAGUCACCUGCUCAGAUAGGCAUUGCCAUCAGUGGGAAGAGUACUAGCGAGGAAUGCGGGAGUUGGCAGAGUCCGUACUGUGUGUUUGCAGCCCGAAUGGCCUCAUUGCAUAGACAGCAUGGCUUUGCACCAGAUCCCUCCCUCACCUCCUCAUCCUCCAUUGGGGCCCCACAGAUGCGGAGCAGGGGCACGGAGAGCACAUACGCUUUCGCCCUCAUAGCUGGACACGAAGUUGAGGUUGUGUGA